GCUAUUUUCAUUAAUAAAAAGUUGGUGACUUUGACAAGACGUUCAGUGCUUAAGAUUCAGUAAAAAGUGAAAAGUUAUUAAACGGACUGCGCUGUAAGCAAGAGGGAAGGCAAACAUGAAGACAUUCGUAGCCAUUCUUUUGGCAAUCUGUGCCUGCAUUGUAGCAGCAGAGGAACUGGAGAGCAGGCAUAAUUUCCAUAAAUUACACUACAGUCAGCACCAGCAAACGGUAGAAGAGGCUAAGAGGAAAAUUGGAGAUGUAGUGUCUGAAUUUGAUGGCCAGCACCAGGCCUCAUUUGAAGAAGUCGGCUCCUAUGGUGGAGUUGGUACAGUCGGACUUUCAAGUGGUAGUAGCGGCUACGGUAGCAGUGGCUAUUCCAGUGGACUUUCCGGUUCAUCUGCUCUAUCAGGUCUUUCAGCCGCUGAACUGGCCAGUAGCUCAUCUUUCGGCGCUUCUAGCAACAGUGCUGCUUCAUUUGGUGCCAGUCACUCUGCAAACUUUGGCAGUUCUUCAUCGUUUGGUGCUGGCUCGAAUUUUGCUAGCGGUGCUAGCAACGGUGCCGCUGUUGUGAUACCUGUCACCUCGGGUGGCGCAUCAAGCAGUUUCACAGAACAAACUGAAAAUGUACAGCAGCAAGUUAUACCUGAAAUUAUUGUAUCAGGAGGUGGAUCGGGUGGCCAUGAAAGCUAUGUACACCAUGAGGAACGUCGCACUGAAAGCCAGCCCGUCAUUACUUACAGUGCACCUGUUGGUGGUGCCCAGAACUACGUCCACCAUGAGGAGCGUCGCACUGAAAGCCAACCCGUCAUUACUUACAGUGCGCCUGUUGGUGGUGCCCAGAACUACGUCCACCAUGAGGAGCGUCGAACUGAAAGCCAACCCGUCAUUACUUACAGUGCACCUGUUGGAGGCGCCGAGAACUAUGUUCACCAUGAGGAACGUCGCGUACAGUCUCAGCCCGUUAUUCAAUAUACUGCACCAUCUGGUGGUUCUGAAAAUUACUAUCACCACGAAGAACGUCGUGUACAAGCCCAACCCGUCAUUCAAUAUACCGUGCCUAGCGGAGGUUCUGAGAAUUAUGUGCAUCAUGAGGAGCGUCGCGUUCAAAGCAAAGCAGUACCUGUCAUCCAAUAUACUGCCCCAUCUGGUUCAGAGAAUUAUGUGCAUAUUAAAGAGGAACGCAUCCAACAAGCUGCGCCCGUCCAAAUUGUUGCUCCCUCCGGUCAAGAGUCGUACGUUAAAUAUCGCAAAGUGACCUCUUCGGCACAACCACAGUUCAUCGUACCAUCUGUCGGCGGCUCCCACUCAUCAUACCUUCAACACUCAGCUUCUUCAAACGUAGCUUCGCAGCUAAACAAUCUGUUAAGUGGUUCAUUGACUGCUGGUCAAGCAUCUCACGUUGGUGGAUUCGGCGGUCAUUCCGCACAAAGCGAUUUCGGCUCACAGAGCCGUUUCGGCGUUCAAAACGGAUUUAGAGCUCAACAUGGUUUUGGAGCCCAAAGCAGUUUUGGAGCACAAAAUGGUUACAGUGCUCACAGUGGUUUUGGUGCUGGCAGCAAUGCCGCACUUACUCAGGCUUCACAGCUUGGUGCUGGUUUUGGAGCUCAAUCGAAGUUUGGCUCCCAAUUCGGAGCUGAAUCUAGUUUUAACUCCAAAUUUGGUUCAGCCUUUGGUGCAGAAUCCGCAUAUGGUGCAAAUUCAGGCUUAUCUUCCGGUGUCGGAGUUGGCGCCUCGGGCUUACAUCAUUACAUUUCCGAGUCGGAGCGUUUGGCAAAGGCGCAAGCCCAAGAUAUUGGUGUUGCUGGUGUUCGUACCGGUGGUAGUCAAUUGGCUGACUUGUCAGGAGGCUAUGGCAGCAAUCUUGGUCUUUCAGCAAAUGUAGGAGGCUCUGGCGGUGGCUACAAGACCAAGUCAUGGGAGAAGGCUUCCAAAUGGUCCUCACAGUCUGAGUUUGGACCCGAUGGUCAAGUUAAAAAUUACAAGGAGCUUUCAACAGGCGAAAGUGAGAACUACGAUAUUAAUGGCCAGCGUGUCGGUUACAAGGCAGCCACAACGACCCUCGACGACAACGGAAAGGUCAGCAGCUACACCCUUCACACAUAAAUCCCACCUCGAUUUUUUACAGUUAAAAUACUUUAAUGUGUUCUUUUACGCUAAGCUAAUCUCGCUGAUUAUUUUAUUGUAAACAUAAAGAAUUUAAAUUCUUAAAUAAAGAAAAAAAUGUUACUUAAAUUUAUAUAA